AUUAUCUCCGCAUGCGUGGUCCUUCACAAUUUCAUGAUGAAAGAGUCGGAGACAUCUCGGGGCGCCUACUGCCCUCCAGGGACAGCUGAUCAGGUUGACUGGCAGGGUAACAUCACCGAAGGCAACUGGAGGGCUGAUGACACCAGCAGUGCUGCUCUGCCAUCUCUACCCAAGACUGGCUGCCACGCCACAAGGUUUGCUUACGAAAUGCGGGACCUCCUGGCAAAGCACUUCAUCACCAACGGCAAGGUGCCUUGGCAAGAGAGCAAGAUAAUGGACACAAGACUGUACAGUGGUGAGUGCACCAUUUAUUGUUAUCAUGACAGUCAUACAGAGAAACAACCUGAUCUUCCUUGUGAUGUCUAUGAUGAAACACUAAAACGGUUCUGGUUACAAACCGGCUACCUAUAG